AUGUCGCGGGUUUGUUCAUCCAUUCCUUCUGCCCUUUGGGCGUCGGAGUCGAGGACAUCCUGGGCCCCCGCCACAGACAUCGACCUGCUAUUACAUACGUACAACCGAUAUCCCAUCGAACUCAUGUUCUGUGUUCCUACGGUGCUGAUUCGCCUCCUUGCCCACGACGAUUUCAAACGGACAAACUUCAAGAACCUCAAGUAUAUCACGACAGGAGCCGCAAAGACGACCGUAGACGUCCAGCAGGACAUCACCAGAGCUUUGGCCCCGGGCGUAUAUUGUCAAGUCGUGGGGGAUGACGGAAUUGACGUUCCUGGCUACCAUGCCCGCCCCAGGUGUCCUUGGCCCUGGAACAGCGUUGGUAAACCACUUUGUGGGAAUGUUAUCCAGAUUCGGGACGACCAGGGGAAGGUGCUGCCAGUUGGUGAGACGGGCGAAAUCUGGGUCUCAGGUCCGACGGUCACACCUGAGUAUUACCUGGCUCGAAUGAACGACCAUGCGUGA